CACAGCCUGGCCACACCCGACCCGAGACCUAAAUCGCCGCCACCGUUCCUCGCCACUGCGGCGACCGCCGUUCUCCUCCCCCUCCCACCCCGCAUCGGAGAGGAAGAUCGCCGCGCCAGCGCCACCAUACCCGACCCUCGACUCCACCACUCUCGGCGGUGUGUGCUAGUCUAGUCUGUCUCCACCCCGACGAAUUUGCUUCGCCUGAUAGCGAUUAGGCUGCAAUGGGUAGAUGAUUAAUUUUUGAAGCCCAGCUCAUCGUUAAUAACAGGCCGAAAGCCCAGAAACCCAGCAGCAGUGUGCAACGAGACGAUCAGAUUGUUCUCUUUUACCAUCGUCUCGGACAAGGCAACAGAGAGCAGGCAGAAGGAUGGAUGAGCAAGAUGAUAAAAGUACAAAGGCUGAGCUGAAACUAUGUGGUGACAUAGCUGUUAAGAGGAAGAAUUACCGUGGCGCGUCAGCAUUCUACAGCGAGGCAAUUGAGCUGGACCCUAAUGAUGCGACGCUGUACGCAAACAGGAGCCUUUGCUACCUGCAAAUGACUGAAGCAGAUAAGGCUUUGCGUGAUGCUAACACCUGCAUAAAACUGCGUCCUGAAUGGUUAAAAGGUUACUACAGGAAAGGAUCUGCUCUUAUGUCGCUCAAGGAGUACAAAGAAGCAUGUGAUGCGUUCGAAGCCGGACUGAAACUGGACCCUGGAAACACCGAGUUGGAGAAAGUAUUCCAGGAGGCAGUUGAGGCGAUGAAAAAGGAUGACUUGGCCAGAAAAAGAGAAAAUGCUUCAAGCCAUCCAGCUAGAGAAAAACAGGCACGCAAGGGGCGCGGCCGCAACACCCACUGAGCUGCUGCAACAACGUACGCGGGCGAUUGUGCUAAGCCAGCCACCGCCUGCAUCCCUAUGGGAUUUCACUGAAUUUCCCGUUUUGUACACAAUAUUUAGUAAAACGUACACUGUAGCUGUGAGAUUGGUUUUUGAAUUGCGCCGUUUACAGCUUGGUUCUGUUUUAUAUCACCAAACCGUAUGUAACUUGGUUCAGUUUUAUCACCAAAAUUGGCAGCUAUCUGUCAGCCUAGCUAUCACCAAAUUUAUGUAUGAUCUUACGGUUCAUGAUGUGCUGGAGCUCUCAGAAAUCAGAACGUUUGUACGAUGCAUCA